AUGGUAGAUGUAGCUUAUUCAUUGGUGCUACUAUUAGCAGCAUUUGUAAAAUUUGUUCAAGGAUUACCAAUUUUUCAAGAAGCAAACUAUGAACCUUAUGCUAAUUACUUGAAAUCAUUUGAUUACGAUCGACCGAAUUUAUCACUGGGUCAACUGUUACCGCUGCCCGUUCUGAAUUUGGUAGCGAAAAAGAAUAUUGCAAUAGGACGCGCCGAUGGUUUAAGGCCUGGCAAGUAG